GCCAGGCUCUGGAUGACAGCGCCUGAAGGCGGCCUGUACCAUUUCCCCCCUUGCAGGGGUUCUCCAUGUAGGUUGUAGCGGCUGGGCACCAGGUGUGAGGUGGUGGGAUGUGAGCGGACAUGUCAGCCCCGGCUCAUCCAGCUUCUCUGCCCGGGGCUGCCUGCUGGGAAACGGCGGCUGCAGCAGCGUGACGUCAUCAAAGCUCUGGGCUGGAGAAAUGACAUCAUUUGCGUACUUCAUUUUGUGAUACUGGAGCAUACAGUAAUUAAAGGUCUCUGUGACAGCCUUUGUAAAAGAUCUGUGGUACUACCACCAACUUUCUUGAACACCUCAAAUGAUUUGUGACAUUUUGAAUUCACGAAGCUUAACAAGCAAAACAUCCAAUGGUGGAAUAGUACUGUUAAUUGGCAACAAUGUCAAGAGCCAAACCUGCCGUGGAAUUGAAUGGAAUACUUGUAUUAUUAAUUUUCCAGUUUGUACUCUCAUUUAAGUGACUGAACAUGGAUUACAAAUGUUGAUAUUGGCACUUAAACUAUAUUUAUUUAGUAUUUCCAAAUAGAAACUUUAUGACCAAAAACCUUAAACUAACUUUCUGUUCCUAAAGAUUCUCCCUCAAAGGUGCAAUGCAUAUUAUUAUCCUAUUUUAUCAUGGUUGUUAGUAAGUACCGCUCCCAAGGACUUUGCAGAAAUAGCACUGGGAGCCUCUGGUGUAGGUGAUGGAGCCAGAGAAAGGCCAGAAGAGCACAAGGAAGUCGGAGGAAGGUGUGAGGAAAAGGCCAAACAAAGGAGACGUGGUUCAAGGUACAUCAUCUUCGAUAGAUUAUACAGUUAGUGGUCAGGAGGAGAUCUUAACACAGCAGCAGCAUUUCCAUAGUUCCUUGAAGAUACCAAGAGAAGGCCCUCCUAGGAGAGUGGGAAGACCGUGUAAACCAAAAGGUCCACAGCUUGAGCAGCUGCACGUUUCUAAGUCCCAACCGGUUUCACCAGCAUUCAUGGCUCCCCGAGUGGACACAGAACAUGGCCUUGAAGGGCAAGUAUGGAAAGUUGUAGAUCCAAUACAGUCUGGUCCGUCCGGGUCUUUUUCUUCAUCUGCACUACAUGCCAGACUUAGCCGUCCGUCAGAAGACCCCACACAAAAAGCUCACAUCCAGCGGCCAGCUCAGGUUUCUGUCAAGCAAGUAGAUGAUCCUCAUAAAAAAGAGAAAAAACCCCAAAAGCCAGGGAAAUAUAUAUGCCAGUACUGCAGCCGGCCAUGCGCCAAGCCAAGUGUUCUACAAAAGCAUAUCAGGUCUCAUACUGGUGAACGCCCCUAUCCUUGCAUCCCUUGUGGGUUUUCUUUUAAGACAAAAAGCAAUCUUUAUAAGCAUAGGAAGUCUCAUGCUCACAGGAUUAAAGCAGGUCUGGCAUCAGAAAUUGGAGUAGAGACAUAUCCAUCCAGUUUGGAUAUGGAACGGCUUGGAGGAGAAGAGAUAGAUGAUCCAUCAGAAGGAGAAAGCACAGAUUCGGAGGAUGAGACAAGCACAAUGUCAAACCUAGUGGAACUCUCACCACAGCAGAAGCAUACUUUGCCAACAUGCGAUUCCCAAGGAGUACCAAUACAGCAAGGUACAAGCCAUGAUCUUUUCUCUCAUUCACAACAAAACAUAUCCCGUACAUCUGAGGAGAGUGCAACAUUUACUGAUCCUUCACCUGAACUCAGUCAUAAGUCAGAAGAUACUCACACUAUAAAACAAAAACUGGCACUUAGGUUAAGUGAGAGAAAAAAAGCCAGUGAAGAGCAGACUUUUCUCAGCCCAGGAAGUAAAGGAAGCACAGAAUCUGGUUACUUUUCACGUUCUGAAAGUGCAGAGCAGCAAAUAAGUCCACCCAACACCAAUGCUAAGUCUUAUGCAGAAAUUAUUCUGGGUAAAUGUGGAAGAAUUGGUCAGAGAACCUCCAUUUUAGCUACUCCUCCACUUUUAGGCACGGCAGAGGAAAAAACUAGUAUAGUACCUAUGACUGUACCUAGAACACAGGUAAUUGAGCAUAUUACCAAACUCAUUACUAUUAAUGAGGCUGUAGUGGACACUAGUGAGAUUGACAGCGUUAAACCAAGAAGAAGUUCACUGUCUAGGAGAAGCAGUAUUGAGUCUCCUAAAGCAGCUUUGUAUCGAGAUCCUUUCCAGUUUGAUGUCAAGUCUCCAGGUUCCAUUUCCCAACUAGAUAGUAAGAUAUUAUCUGAAAAGACACAAGCUGAACAUUCGUUCUCUUCCACCCAGCAAUCCCACAGUGCCACAGAGACAGUGCCUCUUCUUCGAAGCCACUCAAUGCCUUCUUCUGCCUGCAGUGUAAGUACUCCACAUCCAUUCAGAGCUAGUUACUCAUUUGAUGAACGAAUUGUGGAUUCUGAAGUUUUAAGUCACAGCCAAAUGUUCUCUUCACACCCACGACUACUAAAAAGACAACCAGCAAUAGAGCUUCCUUUGGGAAUGGACUAUUCUUCAGAAGAAGGUAGCUCGACAGGCAGAGACACUGCUGGAAAAACAACUGUUGACAUUGAAGGAAAAGAAAGCGAGUUUUCCAAAAAGUCAAAAAAAGGGGGUAGGGUAAAGGGUCUGAUUUAUGAAUGUAACAUUUGUGGUGCUCGAUACAAGAAAAGGGGAAACUAUGAAACUCACAAAAAAUACUACUGCUCUGAAUUGCAAAUUUUAAAACCUGAAGCUUUGGUAACUCAGAGCUCUGUAGAAACAAAGAAAGGACAUUCAGAGCAAGAAACAUGGCCUCAGGGCAUACAUUACAAGUGUGGACCAAGUUUAGAGCUAUCCACUUUACGAAAAAGGAGGAAAGAGAAGAGUCUUGGGGAUGAUGAAGAACCUCAAUCUGUUGAUUGGUCAGAGUAUCCAGCCUCUGCAACACAACUAGAAUCUCACUUUGCCUCCUCAUCUUUGACUAUGUCUGGUGAUGCCGUCAAUCAGUCUGUCAGUAGAAGUGAAUCUGCAUCAACGUCCGAUGUCCACACCGUUACAUUAUCUCUUGAAAAUAAAGAAAAGACUAUGAUGUCUAAGGAAAUUUCUGUCAUUCAACAUACUAGUUCAUUUGAGAAAUCUGAGUCCAUGGAAAAGAAGAGUAGUUUUGAUGAGGAAGACAUGACUGUAGCACAAAUGUCUUCUCAUACUGUUAGACCUCAUACACAGUCAUCUCACCCAUUGCAACCUAAGUUAGUCCGUCAGCGCAACAUUCAAGUGCCAGAAAUCUUAGUGACUGAAGAACCUGAUAAGCCAGAAGCUGAGCUUGAAGUGCCUCCUAAAGAACAAGAAAAAGUAGAAGAGUUUCAGUGGCCACAGAGGAGUCAAACUCUUGCACAGCUUCCUGCAGAGAAACUUCCACCCAAAAAAAAGAGGUUACGCUUAGCAGAAAUGGCACAAUCUUCUGGGGAUUCUAGCUUUGAAUCAAUGUCCCUUACUCGCAGUCCCAGUCAGGACAGCAGUAUUUCCCAUGCCUCAAGUCAUUCAAUUUCGUUUGACCGAGAAGAGAGUUGUAAAUCAGCAAUAUUAGGUCAAUCGACAGAGUACGCUGCUAAGUCCCUUGGACAUCACAUGCUCACUGUUCCUGCCCACCAUCACCAUGCAAGAGAAAUGAGAAGAUCUGCUUCAGAACAGACACCAAAUGUGUCUUACACAUCACAAGUUUCAGAGAACCGAAGCAAAUCAUUUGAUUAUGGUAAUUUAACAUCGUCCGCUUCAACAUCAAUGCCCACCGCUCAGGAGAGGAGGAAAUGCUUCUCUAUUCGACAUACUUCUCUAAGUAGACAUGUGGAAAUUGAACCAGAAUUAAUGCCCAGAGACUGGAUAGAACCAGACCAGCCUUCUUCGUCAAGCCAUAUACCUGGCAUGAGUGCUCACAAACAAUCUUCCAGUAUCUCCCCUAAGGAACAAACAAGUUCCAAUACAAGGACUGUUCAGUCUUUGACUGAUGAAUCUGAAAAGAGCUAUUUGUCAAGACAGCUAUCUCUCUUCCCAGUACAGCCACUACUGCACUUGCCUCAGCACACUUCAGAACCUUUUUCUUCUCAAGCUAUGAGCAAUAUUUCUGCUCCAUUUUCUCUACAACCAUUUGCACAAACAAUGCUUCAUACACCAACUCCUUUACAAUCAGCUUUUUUGCAUACCGACCCUCUUCAAAUACCCGAGCAUUUGCCCUCACAUGCCGUGGACAUUUCUUUCAGGCCUCGUUCUCCAUUUUCACUUUUGCCUUACCCAUCAUCUUCACCAUUGCCCCCCACAUUCUUGUUACCUGUGCAUCACCAGUUUGCUCUUCCAACAUCUGCGCAAGUUGGUGGUCAAUAUCCACAAAUUAAACCAGAAAUCUCCCCUCCCUUGGCAACAUCCAGCCUUUCUCAGCACAAAGAUUACUUCCCAGAAAGUAUCCACACUCCGGUUUUGGAACCUGCUGCUCAAGUGACCCUUGCAAGUUCAGAAUCUGUUGUAUCACUAGUAGUACCUGUCAGAAUUCAGACACAGAUGCCUUCAUAUGGUAGUGCUAUGUAUACCACACUCUCUCAAAUUCUUGUUACACAGCCACACUGCAGUCCAUCCUCUCUUGUAGUACAGAAAAUAAAUGAUGGACAUUCAAAGAGUUAUUAUGGCUUUGGCUUGUCCAAUAUCUUACCAAAAGAAGACAGUACUAUCUGUGAAGUACCUUUCCUUCGUGUGCCAUUUCCAAAAACUGAUCCAAGCAGUUACAUUCCUCUAGCUACUUCUGUUGAGAGUGUUCUAGGAUUCGAUGGAAGCUCAUCAUCUGUUGGUGGCAGUAAGCGUAUGCUAUCGCCUGCAGGUAGCCUGGAGCUCACAAUGGAGACCCAGCAGCAGAAAAGAGUAAAAGAAGAGGAAGAUCCGGAAGGGAUCAUUCAUGAGGAGAUGCUGAAGGAACAACCAGUGUUGGAGCAAAAUAGAUCAAAAAAUGUAUCUCUCUUUGUUACCACAUCACAAACCAGACUAGAGUUAACUCCCCCACCUCCUGCCAUCAUUGAACCAUUAUUGGUUACUACUAUAGGUCUUUCGCAUCCCAAAUCACCUGAGAAAAAUAGACAACAUGAUGAGAACAUAAAAUUCAAAGAAGAGAAAGAUGAUAAAGAUCUGCUUGCUCGCACAUCAUCCAGUACUCCACCCAGUUCCAGGCCAUCUGUCAGUUUCAAUGUGACCUCUCACGAAGAAGCAGAAUCUAAAAAUGUACAAACGUAUCCAACCCUGCACACAACCACUAAUGUCAGUUGGUGCUACUUGAACUAUGUCAAGCCAAAUUACACUCAGCAAAAUGACCGAAGGGCUUCUGUUUAUUCUAGCUGGUGUAUAAGUUUAUAUAACCCAAAUCUUCCUGGGAUUUCAACCAGGGUGGCAUUAUCUCUUCUGAGGUCAAAACAGAAAACAAGCUCUGAGAUUUACACCACUGCUGAUGCUCCACAGACAGAUUCAAGUGUGUUGGUGCCCUCCAAACCUCGCAAACCCAAAAUGACUGAGCAGGCUCAUCUUCCUACUCAAGCACUUAAAGAGACACCAAGAACUGCUCAAGAGGAAGAGAAGAGGACAAAACCGGAGGAUUCUGGGCCAACAGUUAAGCGAGGAGAGCCUUCCCGUGUACGAAUCUUUGAAGGAGGGUACAAAUCCAAUGAGGAAUAUGUUUAUGUGCGAGGCCGUGGUCGGGGAAAGUAUGUGUGUGAGGAGUGUGGGAUUCGUUGCAAGAAGCCAAGCAUGCUGAAGAAACAUAUUCGUACACACACAGAUCACCGGCCGUAUGUGUGCAAACACUGCAACUUUGCCUUCAAAACCAAAGGGAAUCUAACUAAACACAUGAAAUCCAAAGCACACAGCAAAAAGUGCCAGGAGCUAGGUUUAGUGCCACCAUCUCUGGCAGAGCUGGAUGCAGAGGAAGGGACGAGUGAGGAGAGAUGGCCAGAGUGUGAUGUGGUGGAAGAGCAUCAGUUCUCUGACUUGGAAGAUACAGAUGAGGAGGAUGACUCUGAUGAAGAAGAGGAGGAGGAUGAGGAGGAUGAUGAAGAUGAAAGUCAGGAAGAGAAAAAUCCAGAUACAUCGCCAAGCGCAGUCACACCUUACUUGCCUAAUGAGCCAAGACAAAAUCCAGAGAGUGAAGAUGUCCCUCCUGUAUGUCAGUUUUCUCCUCAACAGUUGCAAACUACAGAGCCUCCUGAUAAAGAUCCUCAGGCACUACUGGGAUCUGAACCAUCAAUCUCUCAGGAGGUGUUACCACGUAGACGAUGGACUCCUGGUAAAGAUAUGGGCUGUAGUCGGGCAGGUCCUUCCAGAAGACAUCUCCUUCAGAAAAAAGAAACUUCACCAAAAUAUUACUCUACAACAGGCUGUACCUCACCCCGCAGGGGAAUGUCACCGUGCCAACGUUUGCCAUCAGCUAGGGAAGCAUCCCCACUGCGAUGUGUUUCCCCUCAGCACUUAUCUCCACACUGCAGUCUUUCGCCUCGUACCUAUAUGUCACCAGAGCGUGGUUCUUCACCACCAGUCAGACAUUUAUCCCCUAAUAGAGAGGUCACAAGUCUACGAUAUAUCCCUUUCAGAGGUGGUCUAGCCUCACCUCCACGAUACCCAUCUCCAAGUAGAGAGGAGCCUCACCUUAGCAGGUCAGAUGCCCAGACACAUUUGAAAGCGCAGCAUGGGGUCUUCCCAUCUUCGGCUCUACCUCAGAGGGCUCCAGACCUUUUGGAGACAUCAGGGAUCAAGAAACAGAGACCAUCUGCUUUCCCCGCUUUAUCCAGAUCCCUCUGCUCACCCCUGAUGCCUCACGCUUUGACAAGGAGUGGGGAGAACUUGUACACCCAUUUGCCUCUGCACUCCCAGCAUCUUCAACGGACAGCCUACCCAAUGAUCCCCAUUGGAGGCAUCCAGAUGGUACAGGCCCGGCCUAGCCCUAAACCCUCUCUAGUGGGGCCCAUGUUAUCUGAGCUACAUUCAGAAAGUUCUGAUAAAGAGACACCGCACCAGCUUCACCAAGACAGGAGUGAGCAGACAAUUAGAACUAUCAGGAGAGAGGAAAAGGCAGACAGGGUAAUAUCACCCGUCAGCACAGCCCUACAGCAUUCCCCAACACCAAGCACUUACUGCCAAACCGCUUGCCCUCCACCUGGGAUAUCUCGCGCCAGCACUGGCUCACUGAAAGGGGAACAAGGGGAAGGGUGACUGGACCCCAUAAAGGGAUAACCCCAUUCUCAGAGCUUUUACUAUAUAUCCUCUCCAUAUAGGUUACGGUAUGAGGAUACACAUGAAAAGGAUCCCUUUUAGGAUACCAUUCCUAGGUUGUUGAAAUAGUGCAAAUACUGAGAUGUGAGCUAUGGAUCCUUUCAGGAUACAGGGUAAGAGUCUGUGUACAUGGUGUACGAUUCUUUAGAAGGCAUUCUAGGUUUGGGAAAAAAGAAUUCUAAAAAGUUAUAGGAUUGGUAACCCCGGAUAAAAAUAAGUAUCCAGGAUAUGACUGAUUCAUUGGAUACGGAAAUAUUUUUUUUUUUUUUUUUUUUUUGUUAUGGUACAGAAUAAAGAUCCUCUUGGGAUGAAAAAUAAGGGUGUAAGGUGCACAAAAAGCAUUCAUAAGUAUAAUAAAAAAUAUAUCCAUUUAUGAUAAUAGGAAUCCUCUUACUCCCAUUCUGAGCUCAAUUGAGUAACUUCAUUUCAUUCCAUUUCUUUGUCCCACUUACCUUUGUCAAUCCCCAUAUGCAGCUUAUCUGUGCCUUUUUAUACACAAUUACUUUUAAAAUGAAAAAAAGAGGGGGAAAAAGAUACAAAAAUGGAACUUUCUAUGCUGUGAAAACAAUGUGAAUCUUUUCCAAUGCGCACCUGCUAUUAUUUUUUUAUUUAUUUAUUUUUUUUUGGGGGGGAGGGGGGGGGGUUGGUUUCUAUGACUCCUCCUCGCUGGGUUCCCGCAUAUAAUGUGACCCUGAGAUCUUGGUAGGACAUGCACUGAAAAAAAAAUGUUUUUGUUGUUGUUCUUAGCCUAUAUACAGUAUAUAUCUGAAUAUAUAUAUCUAUAUAUAUUGAACAGGGAUAGGUGUCCAGAUACAGUGGUGUAAAGAUACGUAUAUUUAUACAAAUUUAUUUAAUUAGCUCUGUAUUGUCUUUUCUGUUUCUGCUUUAAGGGUUUUGGGUAAAAAGAAAGCUUUAUUUUUUUUAUUUUUUGUUAUGUUGUGAAAAAAUUCAGCACUUGUACAAUGUGAUUAUAAGUGGUGCAGCACUGUCGUGCUACAGAAUAAUGAAUAAUGCUAACAGAGACUGUGGCACUGCCUGAUAAUGGGAAAGUAGCUGUUCUCUGAAAAGGAAAAAGAGCUGUGUUGUAUAUGGACUAUGGACAUGCUGUACUGCAUAGUGUCACCAAGUAUUCUGUACAGUGGCGUCCCAUUGCUUAGCACAAGAGUCUUUUCCUUACUAUAUGAUGCAUUACAUGGGCAGUACUUUCUGGGACUCUUCCUAGAUUGGUUGGGAGAGAAAUACUGUUCUUUAUUUAAGACUUGAUUGUGAUAUUAGUUUAUCCUGAGCAUAACUUAUCUUUGCACUGAUCUGCAGGGGAGCUGUCAAUACAUUUACAUCUUCCACACAUGUAGGAUUUGCUCCCAUCUCUCAUUCACUUUAUAGGGUGAGGUCUCUUUUUUUUAAGCACUUAGGAAAAUGUUUCCACCCAGCACCUUAUUUCCCUCUACUCGUGUCCUUUAUAACAAGGCUUAUUCAUUGCCCACUCAUACCACACUGAACAUUCUGUUUUUCCAUCCUACUUUCCUGUAUCCCCAUGUGCUGACUGCCUAGCUGCAGUUCUUGCCGUGUUAUGAAGAGAUGGAGGAUGUAGACUCAUGGGUGGUCAUUCCGAGUUGUUCGCUCGCAAGCUGCUUUUAGCAGCAUUGCACACGCUAAGCCGCCGCCUACUGGGAGUGAAUCUUAGCUUAGCAAAAUUGCGAACGAAAGAUUCUCAAAAUUGCGAAUAGAAAUUUCUUUGCAGUUUCUGAGUAGCUCGAUACUUACUCUGCCACUGUGAUCAGUUCAGUCAGUUUCGUUCCUGGUUUGACGUCACAAACACACCCAGCGUUCGCCCAGACACUCCCCCGUUUCUCCAGCCACUCCCGUGUUUUUCCCAGAAACGGUAGCGUUUUUUCACACACACCCAUAAAACGGCCAGUUUCCGCCCAGAAACACCCACUUUCUGUCAAUCACACUACGAUCACCAGAACGAAGAAAAAACCUCGUAAUGCCGUGAGUAAAAUACCAAACUUCUUAGCAAAUUUACUUGGCGCAGUCGCAGUGCGAACAUUGCGCAUGCGCAAUUAGCGGAAAAUCGCUGCGAUGCGAAGAAAAUUACCGAGCGAACAACUCGGAAUGAGGGCCAUUGUUCACACUUUUUCAGCUGGGCAUCCUUUUUUAACACAGAAAUUACUGGACCCCAUUGCAAACCCCCCCAUAUCCGCCCAAAGGAAAAAUAUAUCAUUGAGAAUACCAGCUUAAGCACUUUGUUUACUCACGAUACCAUCAUGUGUAUCAUGAGUUUCUUCACCCUAAAAUAAUUCUAUCUUUAAUGUUAUUACAGAACCCCUAUUACUAUGUUUUGUCUGCCCCAUAGCCAUACUCUUAUUAUCGUAUAACCCCUUGUCCUAAUUCAGCCAUCUCUAUUCAUACAGUCUCUGUCAUAUACAAUAUACAUAACCUUAAAUAAAUACUUGUUAAUAACUGACACCAAGCCUUUACACAAAGUAAUGACUGCCACAACUUUGGUACCAGGCAAAUUGUGUUACUAGCGUAUGGUCCAGUACGUAAACAGCUGACCGAUAGCAACACGUUGCAGAACUCAGUAGACCUAAUAGGGUAUUAGGUGCACUUCAGACAAUUGUACAUCAUUUUUUGCCCCACUUAGAUCAUUAUUUCAGUAAUGUCCACAUAUGUACCAAGCAGGGACUUACUGUAAGCAGUUACAAAUAAAGAUACAGUGUUAUUAGCACUUAUGACAUGUACCUACUCUUUGAUAGGUGGCUAUCUCAGGUUUAUUGAUGAAGGUAACAUGUCCUUGGGAAUUAUACAUUUCUUGCAUCUCUUAUCACUCUCCUCCUUGCCAGUAAUUCUGUAAUACUGUGUUAUUCUGACUUGACCUGCUACAAAGAAAUUUUAUUAAGUACCUGGUAGAAGGAAAAGUAAGUGCUCUAUCUAUAAUCAUGCUGCCUGAGCUGAAGUGAUAUUGAGGUAGACAAUGAGUGAAUGUCAGAGGGAAGGUCUUUUUAUGCUGUUAAAUAGUAAAAUAAUAUAUAUUGAAGGAGUCAUAGUGAACGUAAUGCUCUAAACUCUAUAACUGAGACAGCAUUGACCAGAAACAGGUUUUAAAGAAGAACUCCAGUUACAUAUUUCUUUGGUUGGUUUGAAUAUACAAACAGUAUCUCCCAUACUAGCACAGCUGUGUCUAAGGUUCAGGUUUUCCCAAACUGGUUAGUGAAUGUGCCCUUUGUAAUGUGCUAGCCAAGCAAAUAGGUACAUUUGCUGGAAAGAAAAUGUCUUCUAUUUGCAACUCCUGCCAUUCAUAAAUGAGCAUUUAUGUUUUGCACAGAAUUUAAAAUGAUACCCGUGUGUUUGCUGAGAUUAAUAUUAUAUGAAAGCCCUGCUACUAACGAAGUCUUAUUAUCACAGGAAAUAUUAAUAGUGCACAUGUUUAAGGAUGGAUAGCAUAGACUUGGUGAAGGUCUCACGGUUGGGUUUAUUUUUCCGUAAGCAAAAAACUGCUACCGUAUGUACCUUUAAAUAAUAAUUUUAUAACGUAUGAAGCAAAUACAAAUCUAAACUUGUAUACCGCUGUUUGUAUCACACAUGGCAGUAAUAUCUGUCAGCAUAAAAUACCAAAUACAACAGAUUGUAGGUAGCAUGAUAGGGCUCUGAUUUCUGAACCUGGGCUACAUCUUGCCUUGGUGAUACCUCACACAUGUUCAAGGGGUACUUUUGUCUGUUUAUAUAGUAGCUGAAAUAAUAGCUUAUGGUAUUAGCAAAGAAUAACAUUUAUACAAUAAUGGGGUACUUGUGACUUUUAUAGACCUAAUUAUAGAAUUUGGUAAACAUUUAGAGGGGUACAUGUAAACAAUUGUAAGAAGUGGUACUUGGUAAGAAAAAGUUCUUCUGCAUAUACUUAAAGGAUCAUUUCCAUAUAUAACCCUUCUAUGACACUUUCUGGGUAUCUGCAAAAUCAUUUACUUGGAGAUGAACCAUCAACUGUAUGGAUGUUGGGCCUUGUCAGAUAAGCACAGUAUUAUGUUGUUAUUUAGAGAUAGACAUAGAUUUAUAUUGUUGGACUAAUGCACUUAUUUUAAUUACCCCAAGAGGCCUUGAAUAAAGGUUCUCAUUUUUUUAACAAUAUAAGAAAUCUGUGAAUAUAUACUUAUCACAGCUACCAUAUUAUAGCUAUGCAGCUGUCUCAUCUUCAAGACAGCGUGAUAGAGCGCCAAGUUUUCUCUGACUCGCAAAAUACAAUUUAACUGGUAAAUUAAAGCUAUACAUUUGAGAUAUAUUUACAUACACACAUAUUGUGUAUGUACAGCAACAUCACCUUGUUACAUUGUCAACUGGAGAACAUGCUAUACACUGUGCAUAUUCUUUCCAGGGCUUUUCAUGAUUGGUGCGGUCAGUGUGUAUAAUGGGAUGUGUAACUGCCGUCAUCUGGCGCUGACCAUUGUAAAUACACUUCUCAUAUAUUCUACAGCUAUUAUCCCAUUGCAGACUGGUACGUGUUACCACUUCUAAGAGGAAGUCACGCACUGCACCUUAGAAUAUAUAUUCCCUUAAAUGCUUUCUUCCUCCGAAGGUCUUUGAAAUGUAUUAUAGGUGAUAAAGGUAACAUGAAUAAUGUUGGUCUCUUAUUUGCACAGUAUAAAUAUAUGUGAAUGUUCUUUCUAUAUUUGGUUAAGUACUUGCCUCUGCCACCUCCAGCAUUGUACAGUGGCUGAUCAAGGGCUGUAUAGACAUUUGUGACACACUCAUACGGAAGAUUAUUACAUAAUUCCUACAUAACUUUAAACUUAAUUGAUGAGCAAGUGUGUAUUAUAUAUUCUGUCUCUUUUAUGUAUAGCCAAGGAAAUUUCUUGAAACUUAUUCAAAUGUUUUCUGUGUAAAUGUCUGUUUAUUGGUCACCGUUUUAGACUUCACUUUAUCGUUUUUCACUAUCUGAUAUUUCUGCACUUACUUGCCCAUACUUUGCUCAUCUGUAAAGCAUAGAAGUGAUAAAACUAUCCGCGUUCUCCCACUUGCCCUAUUUUGGGGUAAAGGGUAUUUUUAAUUGUUUCCUAAUCUGAAAUGGCAAUACAUUCCUAUGUGCACGAGCUAAGGUGCUGUAAAGUUGUAUAUACAUGCAAUGGGUUGUGGGUUUCUGGGGGGGUUAAGUCAUUUAGUAGGGAAAUGUGGCAGGGUUAUUAGCAAGAUAUAUAAUGGUGGGGGGGGGGACAUGAAGCACAGAAUGUCAUCUGAUUGUAAAAAGUAGAUACAAUGGAAAUUAGAAUAAUGUUUGUGACAGUAUUUUGGUGCAAGCUAAACCCCAUUUUCUGUAAAUGACCUGCUCAAUGAGUAAAGAUCUUUCACCCUGUAUAAUAAUCCUCUUUAUAAAUAUAUCUAUAAACCCGGCUGGGAGACUGGCACGGGAACAUUUUUAAUAACAAAGAGAAAAAAAUACUAAGAAAAAGAGAUGAGCAUGUGGAAAUAAAUUUUUACAUUCCCAAUA